AUCAACCAAUCAAUCAGCUUGGAUUGGAGUAGCUAGUUUUCAUGAUCAACUAGAGCCCAAAACUAAGCCAGACAAGGUGGAUCGAAGGCAUGGCAAGAGAUCUCUUCCUUCUGAUGUAUCAGAAGAGAAGAAGGAGGAUCGUCUCUUCUCUCUAUAUUCAUCAUCUGGAGAUAUCUCAGCCUUUGCGCAUGUUAUUGGGACCGGGGACGGCAGCCCAGCUCAGGUGCAAGCUGGGUCAGUGUCGAGCAUGACGGAGCCUGCCUCAUCUGAACUCAUACAUAGUCAACGGAACGUGAGAAGGCAUUAUAGAGGUGUACGGCAGAGACCAUGGGGCAAGUGGGCAGCUGAAAUCCGUGAUCCAAAGAAGGCAGCUCGUGUUUGGCUGGGAACAUUCGAGACGGCGGAGGCUGCAGCUGCUGCUUACGAUGCAGCAGCUUUAGAAUUCAAGGGCACAAAAGCUAAACUCAACUUUCCUGAACGCGUUCAAGGAGCUAGCGCUGGGGCGGCUGAGAUUGCCUACUUGGCGACCCACCAAGAUUCUCCUGCUCCUCCUGAUUAUUCUCCGCUGCCACCGCUUGAUCUUCAUCCUCUUCCACGUCCUUUGCCAACUGAAGCAAUAUUUCCGAACCUUUUGCAAUAUGCACAGCUGCUUUAUAGUAACGAUGAUAACGAGUUACCCUAUGCUGUCUCAGGUCUUCAUCAUGACCAUCAACGUUUAAUGCCUUCAUCAACUUCUUCAGUAUGCCAAGUACAACCAGAAAAUCUUCUAAAUUCCCAGAUGGGAAACUACAGUACUUCGAGCUCUCAUUUCUUCCAACAGGGGAGGGAUUCUGAAAAUAAUAAUAAUAAUAAUAAUAAUAAUCCAUGCCAGGGGAAUAGAUAAUUACGCAUUUAUAAGGUUCAUGCAUUUGGCGGUUGAAAAUAAUGCCAAGAAACAUUAUGGUUCAGGUUCAUACUUGAUUCAAAUAUGUAAAACAGCAAGCUUAUUUUCUAGGCUUGCUGCAUUUUUAUAAGUAAUAAUAAUUAAGGAUGCAUGUAAUUAUAUGGUUGUGAGAUUGGUCUAUAUAUAUAUAUAUAUAUGAAACCAAUUGAGAGAGAGGGAAGUCUGCUAGCUUAAUUAUGCAUUUGACUACGC